GAUACAAUCAACCCACACGGCUCGGGAAAUCCAGGGCAAAUUAUGCGCCUGUACCGAAUGGAGCGGCUACAAGGGCGGGAGCGCGGUGCUUCACCUUCCAGCAGGUACACCUCAAAGCUGCGGUCCGCAAGUGCUCCAAAUGUGGUCGCGGUCUUUCCCGGUCUGAAGCUCUCACUCGCCACGAGUGUAUGCAGUCGGAGGGUGCCGAGGCAUCAGACAAAAGAAGUGCGGCCAGCGGCGUCUUCCAUUGACAAUGGCUCGUUCACGCCAGCUGCACGAUCGCCCGCCGCUGAGCAACUUCAGGCAUCCCGUCGAGCGGAAGUGCCGCAACCUCGUUUGUUCACUGAGUGCGCAGCGCUGCUUCACGCUCUUUGCAUCGCUCGCCACCGCAGACGCUUUCAGCGGACGUGAGGGUUCCCUCGCGGCGCACUAUCCCGCCCCCAUCGAUGCUCGCAUCAUGGCCGACGUAUCCUCGGGCCAUGUAUCCACCUCUGCAAGCGUGCAUAUCAAUAGUGCUGCGCGCACAAUGGCGGGGUACGGGACACAGAAUCGCCGUUGCGUUGAACGAGCUCGCUGCAGUCGCCCUAUCGCAGACAUCGCGCGCCUGGUCACCCCAGGCUCAAUCCCCGGGGCGUCCAAUCCCUUCGAUGUAGUCACGCGGCCGACAUCACUCACCUCCUGCUUUUUGCGAGCGCCCGAAGAGUUAUGGUCACUGUCUUUAACAAUCUGCGCGCGUCGCUCUCCUCUGCAACGCAAGGGGCUACAUGACGGAGGCAGCGACUCGAAUCAGCAAGCUGCGUACGGGGACCAGGCUCCGGGCAACGUGAGCGAGAUGAGGAUGAGCGGCGAUGAUGUACAACACAGCGUCCGCGGAGCUCUCAAAUGCGAAGACGGGCCCGGCGGAAGCCUGAGGGUCAGCAGCGAAGACACAGUCGAACGUCAUGUACUAGGAACCGCACAACUCAAUACGAACCUCCGAGUCCAGUCGCACUGCCAACCGUUGGUCACACGAGCACUUCGACGCAGGCCACGACGGUGCGCCCGCUGAGGCAAAUCCGUCCGCCUCGCCGUGCUUCACACGUAUACUCGGGCUGCGACGUCGGAACACUACCUUCAUACACA